UAGUGUAUUUACGUACGCUUGAAUAAUAUAGACCACCUAUAUUAUUUCUUCAAGAGCUUGCCCUAGAACACCUCCCAUUUAUCCUCUUACACUUUUGCUAAUCUAAAAUCCUAAACUAUAUAGGUUCUGUCGUAAACAUCAACAACUUAUAAGUUAUAUGUAAUAGAACAACAAAUAUAUACAUAUUUAUCUGAUCAUUUUACAGAUCUUGAGAGAUUUAACUGGUUGAUGUCUUCUUGUGGUACCAUUAACCUUAUUUUAUCCUUGACUAGAUAGUAAAUGAAUAUUCAUUUUCUUCUUCAUCUUCUAGUUUUAGUAGUCAUUGAACUGUUGAAGAAAUGAUAAAAUUUGGAGAAAAUUAUUAUGCGUACGCUUUGUGAUAACUGUGAGAGUGCUGCUGCUAUUGUCUUCUGUGCAGCUGAUGAGGCUGCUCUAUGCCGUGCCUGCGAUUAUAAGGUUCAUAUGUGUAAUAAGCUUGCUGGUCGCCAUGUCCGAGUUGGUCUUGCAGAUCCGAGCGAUGUUCCUCGUUGUGAUAUCUGUGAAAAUGCACCUGCAUUUUUUUACUGUGAGGUAGAUGGAAGUUCUCUAUGUUUGCAAUGUGACGUGAGUGUCCAUGUUGGUGGUAAAAGAAAGCAUGGUAGAUUUCUUCUACUCAGACAAAGAGUCGAGUUCCCAGGUGAUAAAACUGACGCAACUUUAGAAGCAAUGGAUCAAGGUGAGGCAAAGAGAGGGACAAUUCCUCCACCUAGGAUGACAAUGGGAGAGAAUCAUCAGCAACUCCCAUUGCCGGACUCGAAUUCGGAUCACGGACAUGGCAAAAUGGACAAUAAAUUAAUUGAUUUGAAUAUGAAGCCUCAUCGAGUUCAUGAUCAAGCUCCCAAUGAUUAGGUAUAAAAGCAUGCCAAGAGUUUUAGUUUAAUUUUCUAGAUUCAGUUAUAGGAUUGGUUUGUAAACAUUCGGCUAUUGCUCCAAUUUGAGAGUUUUUAACGUAUUGUAAUAAGAAUAGCAUCUGAUAUAAUUAUCAAAUCAAUGAAAAAAAUUAUGGAUUUAUUGUA